CUGCCCGAUAGCUUUGGUUUCUGUUUCAUAGAAAAGUCCUUCCCAGUGCCGAGAACUGCCUGGCUGGUGUGAGGAGCAGCCGGGACCACAGAGGUGGUGGAGAGAUGGCCUUCAGCAGCGUCCAGGCUCCCUUCGUGAACCCAGUCGUCCCCUUCUCUGGGACCAUCCAGGGGGGCCUCCAGGACGGACUUCAGAUCACUGUCAACGGGACUGUUCUUCACGCCCAUGGAACCAGGUUUGCUGUGAACUUUCAGACGGGCUUCAGUGACAAUGACAUUGCCUUCCACUUCAACCCUCGGUUUGAAGAGGGCGGGUAUGUGGUCUGUAACACCAAGCAGAAAGGACGCUGGGGGCCGGAGGAGAGGAAGAUGAAUAUGCCCUUCCAGAUGGGAAUUCCUUUUGAGAUCCGCUUCCUGGUGCAGAGCUCUGGAUUCCAGGUGACGGUGAAUGGAAACUUCUAUACGAACUACAUACACCGCGUGCCCUUCCACCGCGUGGACAACAUCUCUGUCACCGGCACCGUGGGGCUGACACACAUCAGCUUCCAGAACACCCGAGCAGUCCCUGUCCAGCCUGCUUUCUCCGUGAUGCAAUUCUCCCAGCCUGCCCGUUUCGCACCCAAGCCCAAGGGGCGCAAACCAAAAGUGAGUCGGUCGCCUCCCUGGCUGCCGCUGGCUGACCUGCCCCUCUCCUCCCGACAGCCAAUACCAUUCUUCACCAGCAUCCCUGGGGGGCUGUACCCCUCCAAGAGCAUCACCAUUACAGGCAUCGUCCUGCCCUAUGCUCAGAGGUUCCACAUCAACCUGCGCUCCGGGAAUGACAUCGCCUUCCACCUGAACCCCCGUUUCGAUGAGAACGCCGUGGUCCGCAAUACGCAGACCAAUAACUCUUGGGGGCCUGAGGAGCGCGGCCUGAAUCGGAGUAUGCCCUUCGUCCGAGGCCAGGGCUUCUUGGUAAGGUGCCCAGCCUGGAGCUCCAGGGGGCUCCGAAGGGGCAGAUGA